AUGCGAAGAACGCUAACAAAACAAGCCAUCAAAAAGUACUUAUAUACUACCACAUUCUUCUUUCUGGUCAAGUUUCAAAUUUCUUUCUCUUUUUCUUUUUCUUUUUUCCUUUUAUCAAGAUUCUUUUUCCUUUUCUUUCUGUCUUCGUUUCUUUCUUCUUUGAUAUUAAUUGUUACUUUCUUUUCAAUUAUGCAUUUUGUGUUUAUCAAAUUUGUUUUUUCUUUCUUUCUUUAUUUCCCUUCAAUACAUUCAUUUGCUUUCUUUCUUUCAUAUUUGCUUUUUUUCUUUUUAAUACAUUCUUUCUUUCUUUGUUUCACUUUCUUUCGAUUAUCUCUAUUCUUUCUUAGUUCCAUCAUUUACAUUUUUCUUUCUUUCUUUCUUUCUUUCUUUCUUUCUUUCCCUAUGCUGUAUUCUUUCGUAUUUUCUUUAUGCACAUUUUCAUACUUUAUCUCAUCUAUAAACGUUUGUUUGUUUGUUUGUUUCUUUCUUUCUUGGUUGCUUCAUUCUCUCUUUCUUUCCCUAUUCUAUAUUAACAUUUGCUUUUUCUGUACAUUUUCUCCUUUUCGCUCACCAAUAAACACAUCCUCUCUUCCUCUUCUUCUUCUUCUUCCUUUCUUUCUUUCUCGGUUGCUUCAUUCUCUCUUUCUUUCCCUAUUCUUUCUUAUUUUCUUUUUGUACCUUUUCAUUCUUUUUCUCAUCUAUAAACAUCAUUUUUCCUUCCUUUCUUUCUUUCUUUCUUUCUUCAUUCAUUCUUUCUUCACAAAAAUUCCUUCAGUUUUAGUAAACUCAUCUAUCUAUCUAUCUAUGUGGAUUUCUUUGUAG